AGUUGAAUCAGUUGCAGAAAAGCAGAACUAACUGACUUACAGCCUGAUGACUGUAUCGAAGGCUUCUUCAUUUUAGUGUGCUGGCCCAACACUUCAUGUGACUUCAGCUUCCGUUAUUUCCUUCCGGAAGAUCUAAAAUAACCCUAGAAGGAAGAGCAAAAAAAAAAAAAAAAUCUGCAGAAUUGUUUCUGUAUGUAAAUGUAAGAGGCAUGUAAGGGGCUGACCACAUUACCACCUUGUCUUUAAGCUGUAUGAAACAGCCCUUCCUAACCUUUCACUGAGCUCUUUUUGAAUUUCACACCAAAUACUGGGCGCCUCUACGUUGGUUCUUUUGGCCUUACCUCAAUCCACUCUUCAAGUUUGUCAUCUUCGAAUUCCAAUGCUUUGGUUAGAAUGCUGACUCUUGCCUCGCAAAACCAUUUCAGCUAUUGUUCCGUCCUUGUAUGCCGAGCAUUCGUGCACUGUAGUAUGGACUGUGGCCAUCAAGCCUUCCAACAAAAUUUAGAUUUUCUGUGACUUUACGAAUCUCAAUUCUUGCUGUGGACCCCAUCGUUAAAAGAGGUAUCCACAAUGCUGUACGCUAAGCCAAGUGCGGUAAGUGACUUUUUUUUCUUCUUGUGGUUUCAUUUGUGUGUGGGCUAAGAGAAAACCCCAAAAGACACAACAUAGUACUUCCACCCUAAAAGCAGCCACUAUUAAACAUCAGAGAGACUUCUAACCUAGAUACUUUCAAAGCACAUAAUCCCUGUGUGUACUAUUAUCCUAUCAAAAGUAAAUUAUAAUUUUACGUUAGGGAAUUAUAGAAAACGUAUAAUUGUAUUACUAAACGAUGGCUUGUAAUCGGGUUCUUCAAAUGUUCAGAACAAUAAAUAAAUAAUUGCAAUAAUUGCAUAAUAUCAAUUAUAUAGCUAAACACAAGUGUGAACAUACAGAGCAAAAAGAAAAUACUACUAAUAUAAUGUACUUUUAUGAUUAAAUUAAUGUUACAUGUGCCUCAAAAACAUUUUAUAAGUAACUCAUUUUAAGAUAGACAUAGAAUUGAACAAUAAAUCUAAAAUAAAUAAGGCAAAACAUCUGAAAACUGGAAACAUGUUUCUUUCUCAUUAGAUGAUAACAUUAUUAUAGUGCUGUUUCACUAUGCAGUACCAUGGCACAUUGGCACCCACAUGUUGUUGGCUAUAACUCCCGUAAGUUUUGCUUUCCACAAGUUGCAAGAUAAGCAUCAGGCUUCUAGUCCAGCCACUCUUCGGGGUGCAUCACACCACCCCUGGCAUCAUAGCAUUUUUGCAAGACUUUCUAAAGCUAUGUGUGAUGUACUGACAUAAGAAUCAUUCGUUUACAGUAUAGCUUUAACUUAAUUAUUAUAUGCAUGUUUAAUUUUUUUGGCACUGCAUUCACUGUUCUACUGUUUUCCCUUCAUAGUUCCAUCUUAUCUGCUAGUUAUUAAAGUUACUCUAAUUCUAAGGAAACUGAGCCAAAAUGGAGUAAUCUGAGGUCCUAAUGUGCCUUCAAAUUGCACAAUUGAGGAAAACCCCAAUUUUGACCCAUGUUGGCAUUUGGGACUCUACUAAAAGCAAAUCAGAUGCAAAUUCUGAAAUUACCUGUCAAUUUUGUAAUUCGGCAUGGAACAAUCAGGGAACAUUUAGGAGGGGAGAGGAUUUAAAAACACUCUGGGACCCCUUCGAGAUCACAACAAUGCAGCAGUCAUAGCACUCUCCCCAACUUCCACCCAAUGUGCAGCUGAAUGAAAACAUUAUUCAGCCAGUAACCAGAUGACCCAGCAGAAUGUUACCCCUUUUCCCACAUGCCAUAAACAACUGCUUGUUAAUUAAGUUCCAAGCAACUGGGCGUCUUAUCACUCACACACUCCAUCCCCCUUUCAAUGCAGUGGCUUUGGUGGUAAUUAUUGAAAGAUGAUACAGUAGGCAGGACUAGGGGAUACCUGCAUAAUUUAUGCAUUUAUUAUGUAAUAUACAUAAUUAAGGCCAUUGGGCCGAAAUGUUUUAUUUUGUUGCGUUUGCCUAAAUAAAUUGCACUUAGCAUCCUUUCUGUUUAACACGUGGAGUUUGCAUUGUAUCUAUUUGUUUUGGCUUAUUCAGCUGUUUUUAUGAAAUGUUCUCUAAUGGCUGCUGUUACUUUCAUGAUUAUUGUUAUUACUAUUAUUUCAACUAGUUGGUUCCAUCUCAGGGAUAAUUUGGGUCACUUGACACUAAUUCAGAAAGGAUUCAUUGGUUCAGGGAUAAUUCAGAUUAAUUCAGAUUUACGUCUGCCUAACUUGGAGGAUGGCACUUUUACUGAAUUAUCUAUUAAUGUUGGCCUCCAAAUUCCCCCAAAAGAUUUUCACCAGAGUUACAUUAUAACUUAGUAGAUUAUCCCCUAGAAUGGUGAUCACAUCAACAUGAGCCUCUAAUAUACACGUAGUUGUCAACAGUCUCAGCUGAAUCAUAACCCACAGAUGAUAAUUUGAAAAUGAAAAAAAAUCAUGUAAAGAGUAAUGUUGAGUUCAUUCACCAUCAUAGAGGUGAAAAGUUAACAUUUUUUUUACCUCUACCAUUAAAUGUUUCUAUGCUGUUUCAAGACUUGACUGAUCAUCUGUAAAUGUUGCACAAACACACAUAGUUCCAGGACAGAACUUACCUUUGCCCUGUGUAGGCUUGCAAACUACAUUUCCCUGGAUCAUGAAAAAUUUACUUUAAAAACUUCUGCAGGGGUGUGGAGCCUGACCAUCAAGCUGGCAAGACAUGCAGAGUCUGAGCUCCUCCGACUUCGGCAGAUUUUGGGGCAUAACUCCCAGCUAUUGCACUCAAACGCUACCCAACAAGCUUUAUCUGGGUCAGGGUCCCCUGGGCAAGCAGAUCGAUAUCUCACUCGACAACUUUUGUAGCUGAAUGCCCAGACGGGCCUACUGCGGCCUACUGGGAGUGGAGCUAGGGAGAGGCGGCCGAUCUCCUCGCUCCGCAACUCACAGCGGGGCCCUGCAGUACUCUCCCCCCCCCUGGACCGGUGGGGGUUAUCCCGGUCCCCACUGGGUAAGCCUGUCUCCACAGCACAUGCCUUCAGUGGCAAGCAUUAAACCAAUCGACGUACCCAAAAUGGCUGCCGCAGCAGUGCCUCCACACUCACAAGCAGAUCUGGAGAGCCAGAAAUGGAGCACCGUCUUCAGGGCCAGAUUUGAUGCCAUAUGUGAACAAUUCUGGAACAGAAUAGCUAGCCAACCUGCACGACUUCCGACACCAGCGGUUCCCACACCAACAGUGCCAAGUGCCCGUCUGCCCGUUAAGAAGAUUGUCAGGGGCCCAGCCCCGAAGCAUUGCCCGCGCAGAUGGAGACCACUGUAACGGAUCACCUGGCACCCCGACUGGGUACCUCCAUUGAAGAAUGCUCCUAGCGCUUACAGAGGGCUCCGAUCGCUCCACAGACACCACAACCACCACAGACCCCACUAACCGCCGCAGCUUGGUUGGGGUCCCGCCGUCUCCUACCCACCCUGGACCUACGACAAGGCUCCAGGUUCCAGUGGGUGAACCUCUCCUCCAAGAGAGUGAAGCAGGAACAAGCUCUUAAAAGAGCUUAGUAGUGAUUAGCUAAGGGAGUAUGCAGGGCAUAGCAAUCCCUUGUAGUGAUAUAGCAAUUCCCCCAAUAAGAGACAGGACUCUAGAUUGAGGGUGAAGUAGAACUGUCUGUACUGGCACAUACAGCCUCUUUUAUUCACAUUCUUCAAACAUAGUACUGCCUACAGGGUUUUGAAGAACAACCAAUCAACACAUUACAACACAGCUAACACUCCCAGGCUGGCAAACAGGCCCCUCCAAAAACCGGUGGCGAGGUCACUUUCGCCACAUCCAUGCUGCCACCUGCAACGGCAGUCAGGCAAGACGCUCCACUACCCUCCAAAAGGGAAAACCCAAAGCACCAUGGCUAAUGGCACCCAGGGGCAUCCCAUAGUACACACCGGGAGCUGGAGGGCUACCUUACCUCGCUCUGCUAAUGGUAGAAACGCCAUAUACGCCUGUAGCUUGGUGAUCCAUGGAAGAAACAAGUGAAGCGCCCGGGCGGUGCGAAGCACUGGAGCCAUCUCUCACCUUGCUCAGCUUCCCCAACCAUGAAAGGACCUGUCCAGGGGCAAGUUUAUUCCAACACGCUGCCACCUGUACGGAGCUCUGGCACGCUGACACACCGGGACACGCUAGGGCAAUCCCCAAGACCACCUCCUAGCACAUGGAAGGAAUGGGCCUUGAGAGGCCUUUUCUUCCCAUCCCUCACUCGGACAGCACUUUCUAGGACUACCACCCCUAGCAUCCCCGACCAACAACCUGCCGAUGGACUCUCCUGCCCUGCGAAGGUGUUUAAUAGCCAGCGUACAGCUCCAGAUUGAUAUGCCUUAUUAACAUGUGUUUCAUCUUAGCUUGUGUUUUUUCUUUUAUUUUACUUUGUAAGCAUUUAAUAUGUGCCGCACAGUCACAGUCCCCAAACAUAGAAAUUCCCAUGCACAUUAACGUUGCUCUUAUUGCCUCAGCCUCCCACCCCCAGACAUUGCCUAAGCAGUCUUGGGAAUAACCCACGGUUCUCUUACAACAAGGUGUGCUUUAUUUACCUAAUAGGUUGGCAAUAAUAUUUUGUGAAGCACUGCGCAGUGGAGACUAUCCCCUUUUCUCUUCUUGUAUGAUCUGAUGUUCUCAGAUUCUACGGCGCGGACCAGUGGCUACUAUUUCUUGUGAAUCUUGUUUAACUUUGCUUUUAUUUCUCUAUUAUAUUAACAAAAAAGGUGCCGACAACUCGAUAUAUAUUGUUUAUCUCGAAUGCUACUCUUGGAAAUGUCAAAAUGUUGAUACUUGCAUGUUGUUCCCUUAAAGCACCACUAAAAUAAAGAAGAAAAAAAACCAUUGUAGUCCUUGUUUUCCUAGUGGAUAUAAUUAUAAUAAGUAUUUAGGGAUUUCUCAGAUCUCAUACUCCGUUAACGUACCUGUACCUUGUCUUGUAGGUGAAUUUCUAAUGAUAUGGCAAUUGUCUCCCUCUGGAUCUUAUUGGGUUGCAUGUACUUGAUACUGCCAUGUUGCAAAAAUGCUAUUGAAGGCCAACAUUUUUCCCAAAGUGGCUGCAAACUGGUGAGUAGGCCUUAGGGCAAUAUUAAAUGUAUUUAGGAAAAGUAAGCACACUCUGCUUAGAAUUGCUAGUUAUUAAAAGUGCUCUGACCAGUAAGAAACAACACAAGAAUUAUCUGAAUGUGUUUGUCACCUUAUUUUUCAAAUGUUAGAAGUUUAUUAAUAUGAUAUGGUACUGUUUGGAAUUCACCACUGAAUUACACAUUUUAGCACAAUAUAACUGAAUUAGAAAUAUUCUCCAAACAAAUAUGUUUGCCCAAAAUCUAUACUAUAGUAAAUGAAUAGCCAUUUCGAAUAGAAGACCAGGUCCAUACUGGCAUAUAUUCCUGUUUUUAUUUAGGAAAAACAAAUAAAUCACAUGAUAUUCAUAUAUACUAUAACGGAAUACCUUUAAUAAAACUACUUCAGCUCACUGAAUUGGGUAUAUUGUCUGGAGACCCCUUGUGUUCGAUGUUCUCAAAAUUUUAAUGCUAAACGAGAGUCCCCAGAAGCCCAAUCCAUCUGAGCUGCUCUGGCUAAUAAGGAGGCAUUGGUGAUCAGAGACUCAUUCUCAUUCUCUGCUUGAAAAUGGUUUAACACUGCAUGAAAGGAUGGUGCCAGAGACACCUGUCUCUAUAACCAAUUUAUUGAGAUGAAACUUUCAUUGUCCCUUUAAGUUACUACUACUCAUUAAUGUAAAUGUUGAUUUGGUGGCCGAUAACAAUGUAUUUGUCUACAGCUGUUACAAAUGCUGGACAUGUUGAUACCACCUGCCAGUUUUUUUGUUCUGAAAUGUUUAAUAAUGGUCUGGUCACUCUGUAAGGAUUGUGAAAAUUUGACAUGGCUAAAUCCUCCUAUACCCCAUUACUCACAGUCGGGAGUACCGUAUAUACUCGAGUAUAAGUCGACCCGAAUAUAAGCCGAGGCCCCUAAUUUUACCACAAACUGCGAAAACACAUUGACUCGAGUAUAAGCCUAGGGUGGGAAAUGCAGCAGCUACUGGUAAGUUUCUAAAUAAAAUUAGAUCCCAAUAAAAUUACAUUCAUUGAAUAUUUAUUUACAGUGUAUGUAUAUAAUGAAUGCAGUGUGUGUGUUUGUGUAGUGUGUAUAUAAUAAAUGCAGAGUGUGUGUGUUUGUGUGUAGUGUGUGUAUAUAAUGAAUGCAGUGUGUGUGUUUGUGUGUAGUGUGUUUAUAUAAUGAAUGCAGAAUUUGUGUGUUUGUGUGAAUGCAGUGUGUGUUUGGAUGAAUGCAGUGUGUGUGUGUGUAUAUAAUGCAGAGUGUGUGUUUGUAUGAGUGUGUGUGUGUAUAUAAUGCAGAGUGUGUGUUUGUAUGAGUGUGUGUUUGUAUGAGUGUGUGUGUAUAUAAUGCAGAGUGUGUGCUUGUAUGAGUGUGUGUGUAUAUAAUGCAGAGUGUGUGUUUAUUAUUUUUAAAAUUUUAUUUUAUUUUAAUAUGAUUUUAUUUUUAUUUUUUUAUUUUAAUAUUAUUAUUUUAAUUUAUUUUUUUAUUUUAAUAUUAUUAAUUUAAAUUGUUUAUUUUUUUUGUCCCCCAGGGAGGGGGCCUAUGGUAAUCCCUGGUGGUCCAGUGGAUGUGCUGUGCAGUGAGGGGGCUGGCAGGAAGCGUUUACUUACCUUUACAGCCGCUCCUGUCAGCUCCUUGCAGCUCCUGUCAGCUCGGUGCAGCUCCCCCAUUCAGCUCACAGUGUAAGUCUCGCAGUCUGCAUGCUGUGCGGAGCGUUGCCACAGUAAUCCACAGGGUCUCGCGAGACUUACACUGUGAGCUGAACAGGGGAGCUUCACGGAGCUGACAGGAGCUGCAAUGAGUAUAUAUGGUAAUACUCAAGUAUAUAUGGUAAUUGUUUGUGGUAGAACGUACCGUUCCUUUUGUGGAUUUUUCUGCGAACGACAUUCGGGAGCUUGGAACUACCGACUGGGGGGAGCAUUCACUCCCUCAAACCAAGAGAAUCCCUUGUAUGGUGUUCGUACAGGAACCCCCGAACAGAGACCGUGGCAUCUAUUUCCCUGGAACUGUUUUGGGCCAUCACUUUGUGGCCGGCUGGUCAAAACUCUACCCCAGUGGCGAUCCAAUUCUGUCAAAUGGAUCUGAAUGAUACUUGGCCAAGUUGGACACUCAGAUCAGAGCUAUCUGGGGAUAUAACUCUUGUGGGGGGCCUUGUUAUAUUGGGGUGACUUUUGGGGGAUUGUAUAUUUACAAAUAUCCUGUAAUGUUGUGUUGGAGACCCCAUGUUAGGGGUCAGUGCAUAAAAGCCGUGUUGACUCCCAGAACUAUGUCUCGUCUAGUUACUGGGGGAAUGAAUGCUUGGGGUUUUAAUGGUUCCAGUCUGGCUGAGAGGAGGAAUUAGUGGAGGUAACCAGUUAGGUUACCCGUGGUCUGCUACAUUGUUUUCAUGUAUUUUUGGCAAAAUGUGGCAUUGGGUGCAGCUUCCACUGCCAUAUCCUGCCAGUUUUAAGUACCCUUCUAUUAACCCCUAUUUUGUACUCUAGCCUUUGUGCAAUAUUACAAAAUUAACACACCUCCUAGCAGAUGAAACACCAUGAGCUGAAGGCAAAUGUGGUGGAAAAAUAUGUUGGUGUUGAGAAGGGACAACAUUCAGUAAGUAUAUCUCCCUAGUUACUCCUGCCUCAGGUGCCAAUAUACAAGCGGCAUAUCAUCCUUGUAGCUCUCUGCACAAUAUGUAAGGACCCUACAAAUAAGAUUUCCAAUUGACACCCCUUCUUGCCUCUUCAGUUCAGCAACCCUUUCUAGCCCUUGCUAUAAUUACACAACCAUUUCCUUAAAUCCAACACCCAAUUACCCACUUUCCACUUAGCACUUCUGUCUCUGACACUCCAGGCACCAAUAUAACUUAAAGGGACACUCCAGGCACCCAGACCACUUCUGCCCAUUAGAGUGGUCUGGGUGCCAACUCCCACCACCCUUAACCCUGCAUGUGUAAUUAAUGCAGUUUUUACAAACUGCAAUAAUUACCUUCCAGUGUUAAGUCCUCCUCUAGUGGCUGUCUAUACGACGCUGUUAUACGACGCUGGAUGUCCUCACGCUAUGUGAGGACCUCCAGCGUCGCCAAAAUCCCCAUAGAAAGCAUUAAAUAAUGCUUUCCUAUGGGGAGGUCUAUUGCGCGUGCCCGGCCAUUGACGCACAUGAGGUCUCCCCCGCCAGCUGACAUUGGCGGGGGAGGAGAGUAGGCGGAGCAUGACCCAGCGCCUAGGCACUAUGGUGCUGGACUCCGGUAACUCACUUGAGAUGAGAGGUGGGAGGAAGAGGGGCACUACAGGGUCCUACAGUUCCAGGAAAAAGAAUAUGUUUUCCUGGCUCUGGAGAGACCCUUUAAGUACAUGCAGGGAAGCAGUGCCUGCAUUUUCUUUUUAUCUACAACAUUUCCAGAAGGAAGAGACUCUGGUUCGUGAAGUCCAAGCUGCCACAUGUAUAAGAAACAAGCACCAGAAAUCCUAUCCUUUUACGUAUCCUUUUUCACCUCAUAUUCAGGCUAAAAAAAUUAUAUUGCCGUUUUCUACAGCAUCGCCAUUACCCACGCUUUCUGGUUUUACAAAAUGUCUUUCCGAUUGGAAGUAUGCAGUGCAUGCACACAGUGCAACCAAUGAGAAAUAAAUCUCCUCUUAUCAUCACCACCUUCCCCCUAUCAGUGUGUAGUUGGCUUAAAUAUUAUACAACAAUAGGAGGACAUUAAAUGGCUGUGGAGAGGAGUCAUGUCAGAAGAUUUUUCUCAUUGGAAGUAUACAGUACAGCUCAUCCAAUCAGGAAGACAUUUUGUGAAUAGAGGAGACAUGGCUAAGGAAUCGGUUAUAUUGCAGAAGGCUGCAGAACUUUUUUUUUUAAACAAAGCUAAAGAAACUAAAAUGUAUCUGAUAAUGCGGUUGUAGCAAACUCAAAUCUUAUUGGUCAAUUAAAGUCCAAACAACUCUGCAACUUAAACCUUUUUAUUCUCUAAACCAAUGGUUCCCAAACUUUUUAGGUUCAAGGGGCCCUUAAUAUUUCAAUAUUUUUCCAAGGCAAAAUAAAUUUCUAGGUUGUAUAUAUGUACAGCGCUGCAGCAUAUACUGACCCCCUGUUCAGCAGAAAUGGUCAAGAGCAGAUCAAGAAGGGCAUCAUUGGGAGGGGAACUGAUAAAUUAUUUAAAGAAACAAUCCAGGCACAAUAACCACUACAGCACUCUGUAGUGGUUAUGGUGCCAGGAGUGCCAUGGUGCUCACCCAAGAUAAGUUGUCAAACUGUUUAAGAACAGUUUGACACCUUGCCUGGGAUCUGCCAGGAUAGGGGCUGCAGUAGUGGAUAGGGGCAGUAGUGUGUGUAGGGCGAAGUGUGUAUGUGUGAAGGGUGCAGUGUAUAUGUAUGUGUGAGACCUGUUGUGUGUUUACGGGGGUGCAUUGUGUGUGAAGGUUGUAGUGUGUGUGUAUUGGGGGCAGUGUGCGUGGGGGUACCAUGUGUGGGGGGUGCAGUGUGUGUGGGGGGGCAAUGUAUGUGAGGGGUACAGUGUGUGUGUAUUGGGGGCAGCGUGUGUGUACAGGGGGUAGUUAUUGUGGGUCUUUGGGGGUAUGAGGGCAGAUUAAUAAAUAUACACUUUUGUUUAUUAAAAAAAUAAUAAUAAUUUUUGUAACGGACCGUUUUGCACAAAAGGGAAAAAAAACGCUUAGACGAUAAUCCCCUUUCAGAGACAGGCACAGCUACUGUAGAAUCACCAAAACUCACGAACUGAAUACAAGUGAAUACUCCAAACUCCCGAACGGCAUACAAGGGAAUGCUCCAAACACUCGAACUGCAUACAAGGGAAUACAAGGGAAUGGUCCAAACACUCGAACUGCAUACAAGUGAAUGCUCCAAACUCCCGAACGGCAUACAAGGGAAUAAGGUAGCACUCCAAAUACACGAACAGGAACCAUACGAAUUGCUGCUACCAGACGAACAGGAAAAGCUCCCAAGCGGCUUACACUCCUGGCAAUCAGUCCUUAGCAGCAUACAGUAAAUCCCCCCAAAGACGAGACAAGGCUCCGUGUUGAGGGUCAAGCAGUGGUCUGUUUAAUGAGGGCUACCUGCCCAGUAUUUAUGCAGGUCUCCCACCUGGUGGACACUCCCCUAGGGGACCAGAUGGAAGACUGUAACAAAAGACAGACAUGUACCAAUUACAGACAUACAGAAGUAAAACAUCCCCACAAUGCAUCCUGGCUUCCUCCCCUCUGCCCUGGAGAAGUAAUUCAAUUAUCUCCCAGGACAAAGGCAAAACUCCAUUACACAUGUGGGGACACAAAACCAGUAUUAUACUUUAAAAUACAUAAAGUAACAUUUAUUACAUAAAACACAGACAUGUAACAUAUCCCCAGAUAGCUCAGGUCUGAGCGCACAUUAUUAAGUGAAUGGCGCUCAGACCACACAAAUACAGUUUAAUCGCCAUGGAGCCAAAGUCUUUACAGUCAGUUUCAUACGAAUGGGCUCCAUGGGAUUCCUAUCUGGGGUAUAACACAUUCAACCAAAACUACCAAACCCCAGGCAGAAAAGCACGAAUGAAGCCUUUCUGCAGGUAAAAAAGAUGUCUUUUAACAGGGGACCAUAGUCCAAAGGCAGCAGGCGAGCAACCAGGCUUCUCCAAUGCAAUGUGGUGAGAUUGGUCUCGUCACAAUUUUCAUAUCCCCUUCCCUUCUUACCUUCGCUUGGGAGGGGGGACAGUACUAAACACUGGUGGUCCGGUGGAGAAUCCCUGGUGGUCCAAGUGGUGAGAGUGCACUCUAGCAGCUCCUGAGGCUAAAGUUCACUCUGGUGAGAUUCGGGGCAUUGCCAUGGUAGCCGUGGCAACGCUCCGAGAUCGCAAGAGGAGAACCCGGUGAAGCUGCAGUUUAGAGCUCCCUCGGGUCCUCUCUCCCCCUCCCCAGCAGCAUUUUGGUGCUAGCGGGUUAGUGAGGGAGAUCUCUAAUCUCCCCUCCGGUCCUGCAGAGCAGACAGGGGACAGCAAGGCAUGGCACGGUUCCCAGUGCUAUGAUCAUAGCACCGGAGAAACAAUUUGAGGUGCCCCAGGGUGCCGUCACCAUUUGGGAACCACAGUUUGGGAACCGAUGCUCUACACUACAUCGCCACAGUGGAAACACAAUUUUCAAAACCUCAGAGAAAAAGAGAAAAAGCACAUUCUAUCAGCAGCCAAUUAGAACCUAAUAUUUUGACAGUUGAGCUAGUAAACACCUAGAACUCCACUACAUUGGAAGAAGGAAAUGUUUGUCUAUCUGCUGAUAGUGAACGUCAUUUGUGUUAUUGCGUCAUUUGUGAAUGAAAUGUUAUAAUUCCAAACAUUCUCAAGUAUAAGUAUAUGCAGCUUUUAAAGCAAUGAAUCAUAGAACAUGUUUUGUGUUUGUUUUUAAAUGUAUCCCUAUUUCCCUCAAUAGUGACUAUGUCUUUUUAUAUCAGUGAUAUGCCCUUUUAUAGUCAAACAAGUUUUACUCUAAAGAUGUUUACUCACUUUAACAGUAUGUUCUUCUUUCAGUCUUACAGAAUUGCAGAUUGCAGCCAUUUUCAGCUUACAUCGGUUCCUAAGGAUCUUCCAAAUGAUAUUGAAGAGCUGGUCCUGGUCUUUAAUAAUAUCAAAAGGAUUACUAGACCCUCUCUAUCACUGUACCCUGACCUGAAGAGCCUAAGUUUGCAGUUUAAUGGUUUGGAACUCAUAGAAUCAGAUACUUUCCAGGGAACAAAGGGACUCGAGUCACUAUCACUACAGGAUAACAGUAUUUCUACAGAUUAUAUCCAGGCUUCUGAAGCAUUUAGGUUUAUUCCUUCUUUGAAGAAAUUGGAUCUCUCUAGAAAUGGUCUCAACAUGAAUAUGGUAACUGCCCUUCUAAGGAACCUGAAAUCUCUAGAGUACCUUUCUCUGGACAACAAUAUGAUUAUGCGUUUGGAGGAUAGUGUAUUUGCAGGUCUACAUGAGUUAAAGCAACUGAGCCUGCAAAGAAAUUAUAUUUAUGAGAUUGAAACAGGCACGUUUGACCAUCUGGUGAAGCUGAAAACUCUAAAUUUAGCUUUUAAUAGUUUGCCCUGCAUUGUAGAUUUUAGCUUGACACAACUCCAAACUCUAAAUCUUAGCUUCAACCAACUGGAAUGGUUUCAAUCCAUGGAAAAUGAUGUAGAAUUCCAAUUGGAGUUACUGGACAUUUCUCACAAUAUGCUGCUGUUUUUCCCACUCCUGCCACGGCUGCACCAUAUACAUAAACUGCUGCUUUCUGAAAAUAGGAUGAGGUUCUAUGCGGAUCUUUUUGAUGCUAUUUCAUCCACUGUCGAUUUCUUGAUAAUAGAAAAUAACAGUACUAACAUCUCUUCUAUUAAUCUCUGGGAGGAAGAAAAAAUCACAAGUAAUAUUUCCACAAUACAAUAUCUUGAUAUGAGCCAUAACCAUUUCACAUACUUGCCAGAUGGGUUUAUUGAAAAAAUGACUUCUUUGAUUGAACUGAAACUUGACUGGAACUGUUUAGAGACAUUUAGUAUUUCACACUUAGAAAAUGCUAGCUCCUUGGCCGAAUUAGAUCUCAGUUACAAUAAGAUAUCGGAGCUAAAAAUAAAUAAUCAUUCUCAGAGCUUCUUGGGUCUACGUUACUUUAAUGUGAGUAGGAAUGAUCUUCAGAUGCUUCCCAGGCACAUCUUCAGUGGCAUGAAUGGGCUAAGGACUCUAGAUCUGAGUCAUAAUAGGCUUAAAUUGUGCUGUAGCCAAGUUGGUGCUGUAGGUGUUCAUGGCAAUGACUGUGUGGACAUCAGACAUCUAACUGCUCUCAAAAAUCUCUACCUGUCCGGAUGUGGAAUGGUAUUGGAUGCCCAAUGCAAUUUUUAUGGGACUACAUUAACUCACCUAGACCUUUCAGAUAAUCACAUCCAAAGCUUGUCUUCUCUGCAGGACACAUCUAGAACGCUACUCUUUCUUUCACUUAGGAACAGCUUGCCAAGUAAUUUAAGUGAUGUUUUCUCUACAUAUCAAAACCUCAGGUACCUAGACCUAUCUGAAAACAACCUCACUAACUUUCCUAGAUCCCUUACCGGAUUGACUCUUAAAUUCUUGGAUCUUAGAAAGAAUAACUUAACUUUUCUUCCAUUGUAUGAUCGUUAUGAGAAUCUCUUAAAAACUCUCAAUGUUGUAUACCUCAGCAAGAACCCAUUUGACUGUUGUGAACUAAGCUGGCUAGAUGUUCUGAGAAAAUCAGGUAGCAUUAAUAUCCCAGACCUUCUACACGUGACCUGUAAUUUUUCUCACCAUUUCAUGUCCGCACAGGACCUUCCAUUGGAUGUUCUCCACAGCUGCCAGUGGAAAACUGGUGGCACCUUGCUAUACUUGCUGCUUACUCUUCCCAUAUGUGUGACAUUCCUGGUCGCAUUACUUCUUGUGAUUUUGACUUUCAAGGAUCUGUUUUUACAAGCCCUUAAAAGAUGUUGCAGGAGAUCCACUGGUUAUUGAGAUCCAAUGUGGAUAAAAUAUUGUUUACUUUACAAACUUUACCAUUAAACAUUCCCUUUUGAUAUACCAAAGUUUUUGACAUCUGAGUUAACUUUUUAAUUUGUAAAGCGUUAACUUUUUGUAUAUGUUAGCAUAGCACUCCUCUACUGUCUUAAUCAUAUCUGAUCUUAUGGAUGCCCGUAAAUUAUUUUAUAUACAAAGAAUUAUUGCUGUUUCAAGAUGGGGGAUUAUGGGAUACAUGACAUUUACUAGUCAGUUACUAUCACCCCAGAGUGACUUCAUGGAUGUAUUGUUUUCAGGCUGCCAAAUACAGAAUUGACAUAACCUCAGGACAUCGAAACCGCAUAGUAAAUGUACACAUAAAUAAAGAUAUGUUUAGAAAUAAAAAAGUCUUUCCAUUCUGUCUGGCUCAUAAAACUGCUGCCCACUAAGGCUAUCCUUUGUUUGGUACCCCGUAAAUCCAGAAUUCCUGAUAUAACUUUUUUCUCUAUAUUUUUGAUUCCAUGCAACAUCAAGACAGUGGUUUUUACUUAAGCAUAUUUUUUUUUUACUUGAACCCUCUGCAAUAUAUCUCUUUCUUGAGAGAACUCCAG